UCGGUGCUCAAGCGCGCUGGCGAGGCGAGAGGAGGUGAGACUACGUUCUACUGCGGUGGCUGCAAGCUCAAGACGGCGGCAAAAAAUGCUCAGGCUGCACGAGUGUUCCUGUGCAACAAAGUCAAGCACACAAGUAAUGGUGAGGCAGUUCCCUGCUUCGAGAUUUGGCACCGACACUGGAAGAACGGUACCUUGAUCCCGCCGUCCAUUACCAAGCGCAAGAUUCGCGCACGGAAGCCGGCG